CUCCCGAGAGCUGUUGAUAGUCCGGGCCGGUCACUCCCUGCUCAUGUUCCCACUCCCGUCUCUGGAGGAAAAAUCUGGCCAAGGACAGUUGUCAGACAGAGCGGCACAGGCCGCACUUUAUAUCUGGUCGGCAGCAGAUAGGCAGCCAGGCUGGGACAGGGGGUGCUUUGAGAAGACUUGGCUCCCAGCAGGGCCCUGGCCCCCAAGGUCAAGUCCCAGGAGGAGAUAGUGCUGCCUGCCGCACAAACAUCCCAGGCUCACCCAUAUAAGCCAGGCCCACCCAGCCCCUGGAGCCCCAGGAUGUGGGGUCUCCUGCUCCCUCCGUCGGCCCUGGUGCUUUCGGUGAUGGGGCCUCUGCUGAUGACUGGGACCCCCGGAGAAGAGGUCGCCAGCACCCCGGCCUUGCCUAGGGAGCCAGCCACAGGAUCCGGGGGUCUCAUCUUCCACCCAGACUGGAACUGGCUACCCCAAGAUGUGUGGCUACCAGGCAGCCUGCGGGACCCCCAGUGCCUGGUGACGCUGGAUGGGCGUGGUAACAGGAGCAGUGCCCCCCUGCGAGUGGUGGGGGCCCUGAGCAGCAAUGAGCAGGCCUUCCUGGAGGCUGUGCACCACGCUCACUGGAGCCCCCAUGACCUGGCCACCUUUGGGGUUUGUGCCCCCAGUGAAAGGCAGGCUGCCCUACCCCCUCUGCAGCAGCUGCAAGCCUGGCUGCGGGAGCCUAGGGGGCAGCGGCUGCUGGUCCUGCACCUGGAGGAAGUGACAUGGGAACCAACACCCUCGCUGAGGUUCCAGGAGCCCCCACCUGGAGGAGCUGGCCGCCCAGAGCUGGCACUGCUGGUGCUGUACCCCGGGCCUGGCCCCCAGGUCACUGUCACGGGGGCUGGGUUGCUGGGUGCCCAGAGUCUCUGCCUGUCCCCGGACACCCGCUACUUGGCACUAGUGGUGAACCACCCAGCGGGGGCAUGGCGCAGCGCCGGGCUCGCCUUGACCCUGUGGCCCCGAGGAGACGGUGGCGACCUGAGCACCGCCCAGCUGCAGGAAAUGCUUUUCGGAGCCGACCGCCGCUGCUUCACGCGGAGGACCCCAGCGCUGCUGCUGCUGCUGCUGGGGCAGCCCGGGCCGGAGCCACUGCCCGCGCACGGCCGGCUGGACACCGUGCCUUUCCCACCGCCCAGGUCGUCUCCAGAACCCGAGGAGCCGCCGGCCAGCACGGACCCCUUCCUGGAGACGCUCACGCGCUUAGUGCGCACGCUGCGGGGGCCCCCGGGCCGGGCCUCGCCGCCGCGCCUGGCCCUGGACCCAGGCGCGCUGGCAGGCUUCCCGCAGGGCCUGGUCAACCUGUCGGACCCCGCGGCGCUGGAGCGCCUGCUCGACAGCGAGGAGCCGCUUCUGCUGCUGUCGCCCACUGCGGCCACUGUCGGGGACCCCGCGACGCUGCAGGGCCCGCCGUCCGCGCCGUGGGCCGUGGGCUUGGCGCGCCGUGUGGCCGCCGAGCUGCAGGCCGCAGCCGCCGAGCUGCGAGGCCUCCCGGGGCUGCCGCCCGCCGCCACGCCGCUGCUGGCGCGCCUGCUCACGCUGUGCCCGGGGGACCCGGACGGCCUGGGCGGCCCGUUGCGCGCGCUGCUACUGCUGAAGGCGCUCCAGGGUCUGCGCGCCGAGUGGCGCGGGCGUGAGCGGGGUGGGCGGGCGCAGCGCAGCGCGGGUGCCGGGUCUGCUGACGGGCCGUGCGCGCUGCGCGAGCUGAGCGUGGACCUGCGCGCCGAGCGCUCGGUGCUCAUCCCCGAGACCUACCAAGCCAACAACUGCCAGGGCGCGUGCGGCUGGCCGCAGUCCGACCGCAACCCGCGCUACGGCAAUCACGUGGUGCUGCUGCUUAAGAUGCAGGCCCGCGGCACUGCCCUGGCGCGCCCGCCCUGCUGCGUGCCCACGGCCUACACGGGCAAGCUCCUCAUCAGCCUGUCCGAGGAGCGCAUCAGCGCGCACCAUGUGCCCAACAUGGUGGCCACGGAGUGCGGCUGCCGGUGACCCCUGCGCCGGGCCCCAGCGACAUCCCUGCCCAUAUUUAUUCAGACCCCAAGCACUGCCCCCAAUAAAGACCAGCAGCACCCGGCUGGGGUGUCCGUGCGUGUUUGGGGCAGGUGAGGGUCCCCU